GUUUGAUGCUGGUUUGGUGCUGGAGCAGCCAAGGGCUCUCUUGCCAUGCCACAGUGGGUUUGACUGACUGGUGCUGCAUCUGAACCCACUUUUGCCCUCCCGUUUGUUUUGGGGGUUAUUUUUAAUCUGUCAGUGCCCUCUUUUCUCCACCAUACAAACUGUUUGGAUCAGUGCUUGUAAGGACACAGAGUCUCUGAACAGGUAGUAAGUUCUAAGAGUUUAGUCAGACUUAUGCCUAAGUUGGCUGGUUGCAGCUGCCCAAAACAGCCAGGAAGGGGAGUUCCACUCUGACUUGGUACUGAGCAGUGGGGACUCAGAGCUUUUUCUCUGAAUUUGAAACUUGCUCCUUCACGGGGUAAGGAAAAAAGCCCAGAUGGCCUGAUUUUUAGAGCCCUGGUUUUUAGGGACUGUGUGUGUUGCUAGCGUUCAGGCUGUUGACGAUCUGCCUUUUGUGUUCUAGCUCUUAAACUAACCUAACAAAAAGGUUUUCUGGGGCUUUAAUAACUGUAAAUUACUGAAUGAAUAGCACAGUAGUGCACUUCAGGGAUAUUGCCAAGACAGGGAAACCAGAGCUCUUAUGCCAGUUUGGAGAAUGUAUUAUUCUCUCCUAUCAUAUAACGCCUGAAUAGUGUUAAACAUAAAAUUGAUUUUUCAUUUAAAAACUUACCUGAUAACUGUCUUUUAUGAAAUUUGGUGUUUUUCUCUUAUCUUUAAAUGUCAGUGUUUCUCCUUCAGCAAAGCAGAACUUGUUUUCCUUGCUGGCUUUGUUUUUGUAGUUUUGAUAAGGAACAGCAUGAUGCUUUUUUCCUCUGGAGUUCUGUUUCUUCUGUAAUCCCUUACCUCUGCAAAAAUACUCUAUUAUACAAUAAUGACACCUUUUCUGUUGUAACAGCUCAUGCUCAGCAGACAACUGCUGAAUUUCUCCAAGUAAUAUUACUUCUUUUGUGUCCUACUAAGUGGUUUUCAUGUCCAACUGUAUUAUAAAAAUUACUUAUUUUGUGUCAAAUUGUAUAGAAAUAAAAUUUAGUAUAAUAAAUGGCAUGGCAGAAUAAUGUUGGGAUCAUUAAUGCAGUCUUCCUGGAAGUGUAUCAUCCCAGUUAAGAAAAAAGAAUGUGUUUUUUGGAGAUAGUGUAUGUGAAGAAAGAUUUUUUUCUUUCUCUUGGUGUUGCUGAAAUCCAGAUUUAUGCUGUCCACCUACCCCAAUGGGAGCACAGUCAGCUCUGACUUGGAGAGUGCAGUUGGACAUUUUGCAGCUGGCCAAUUGUGACACUGGGAUCUAGUCACAGGAGUGGCUCAUAGCCGUGCCAGGGGGGAUCAGAGUGGAUGUUGGGAAGCAUUUCCAUACUGAGAGGGUGCUCAGACCUGGAGCAGCCUCCCUCGGGAGAGGAUGGAUGCCCCAGGCUCAGCAUUCCAGCGGCACUUGGACAACGCCCUUGAGCUUCUGGGCAGCCUGGAAGGGCUCGGGCUGUUGGGCUGGAUGGUCCCUGUAGGCUGUUCUGGUCCACAGGCAUGUCCAUUAAUGCUUCCCAUUUGAAUUCUCCAAUUAUUGAACCUUUCCACCGCAAAAAUCAUAAACCCAAACUUGUGGCUGCCACAGCAGCCUGGCACAAGUUAAAAGUGCAGUGAGCAAUACCGUGCUUAAGUUUCAGCUGUCCAGGGCUUCCCAAAAUGCAGCACAGUGUCAACUAUCUUACACUGGGCCUUAUUAAAUAAAUGUUACUAUUUCAUAUUAUUCAGCCUUGGUAAAGUUGUGGAGCUCUUUUCUGAGAAAUGUCUUCAGUUCUUCAGGGAACUGUUGCUGCACUGAGUCGAUGUUGAGGUUAUUUGCAGAACACCUGCCCUGAGUGCAGGUUGGAAAUGCUGGAGAUUAGUCUAUUCAGCAUCUUCAACAUUUACAGAGUAUUCCUCAGUGAUCACGCCUGUUAUUACGUCGGAGAUAGGCUUCCACCAGUGUUUGUUCUGUACAUACUUCCUGGCUGCGUGUAACACCAGGAUCCCUACAAAGAAAAUGAUGAAAGGCACACCAUUCUUAUAAUUAUCCCUUUUUACAGCCAUCAAAUAUGCGUUGUUGAUACAACAAUGAUGCUUGUCUAAAAUGUAAAGGAAGCAGAUUAAAGUGUUAUCAUGGUAAUAGCAUUUAAAAACCAUUAAUGCUUUCCUGCCAUGAAGCACAGCAACAUUUUGCUUUGCCAUGGGAUAUAUUAAAAGGGGAAGGGUAUUUUAAAACAGAGAGAGCUGUUUCUUGAUGUUUAAACACAAACUGAUGUUAUCAGGCUUCUUCUUAAAGAGGAAUAUUGUCUUGAGUGAGUUGAGUCACUCAGAGUUUGCAACAUCCUUUGGUUGUACCUGGUUCCUUUUCUGUUGUGGGGGAUGCAGAAUACUAUUUCUCUAUAUAAUGAAGUUACUAUUUUCCUUAGAAGGGUAAUUAAUUAAGAAUUAGAAUAAAUCCUUAUGAACAAGUAAAUAAAUAAUAAAGGCAUAGUACAUAUACAACAUACGAGAAAGGUUUAUUCGUUUGCAUGGUAUUUUCAGUACAAGAGAUUUGGGACUGAGUAAGAAUUCAUGUUUGUUUGGUUUUGGUUUUGUUUUCUGAAAUGGACAAUUUCCUUAGUUUUUCAAUUUCCUGCCUUGAUUGCCCCAAACAAUUAGAAGUUUCUUUGGAUGGCAAUAUUUUAUUUGAUCAGCUGUCACUCAGAACAGAGCACAUGUCGGUAGCUGUACUGCAGGCUUCACUGCAACUUGAGUGCAACUUGAGGCAUGAAAAUACUAUUGUGAAUUAAGCACGAAUGCAUAAUUAAUAACCAAAAGAAAAGAAUGAAUCACAUUAAUCAGUAAAAGAAGACGAAACAAACUGUGACUAAACAAGGGAACAAUUUGGCUCAGUACAGCAGGAUACAUGAUUGACUUCAAAAGGAGAACUUCAAAACAAGAGUUUGCCUGGAAAUUAUGUUAAUUCACAUCCGUGUGAGUUUCCAGUAGGGAUAGUUCAGUUCCAGUCAUGUGGGGCUAGCUGGAGGAGUUGGCAAGUUCCUUACAGUCAGCUCUGCUCUCUGUGUAUCCCAGCUCCUGACAUAGGUCUCUAGACAGAAAAUCAUCGCAUAAACUGCACGCAUUACACGUGGCUUCAUCUUGUCCCUGCUGUUCUCCUGGGUGACAAACGGCACAUCAGGACUUCGUAUCCAGCCACUGCUCACCCACCCUCACUUCAGUGAAACCACUUUGUGUUCCACUUCAGGGCCUUUCCAGGGAUGUGCUGCCUCUAUCUUUUCCCUGCACUGCCUCUUCAGGCUAGAAUUCUUUUCAUCCAUGUACUACAAAGUUGGCCAGUUCCAGGUGCCUCAGGGGCUUCAAAGUUCACAGGGUUCCUGUGCAGGGAAAGCAGAAAGUCCUGUAAAUGCGCUUCCACUCUACUGUCACUUGUGACAGGAAAUUUAGGUGAUACUGGAAAAUAAAAUAAGCUCUUUGCACUGGAGUUUCAUUUCCAGCGAGGGACAGCGGGAGCCUUUGCCCCAGGUGCAGCCGAGCCGAAGCCCGCACGGUGCGGUCCCGCAGGGUGGGGGUGACGUCGCCCCCUGCAGCUCCCGGCUCCCCUCAGCGGCCCCUGCGCGGCUGUUGGCGCCCUCUGAGGAGCUCCGGUGCCCGGGCGCUGCCGGCAGCACCGCCCCGAGGGGCCCCGGGCCGCCCUCAGCACUGACUCCUGGCGAACGGAGCGAGGGAGCGCGAACUUGUGGGACGCGCCCGUGUUGCGAAGGGAAGUGAGAGAGAGAGCGGCCCCCCCGCCCCGGGCAGCGCCCGGGGCCGGCACCGCCUCAGCUCCCCCCGCGGGCGCCGGCGGGGCGGGAGCGGCCCCGUGAGGAGGCGUCAGGCGCGGGGGCUCCGCUCGCGCCGGGUCCGGCUCCGGAUAAAUGGGCGGCGGCGGCGCUUCGGAGCCCUGGCGGAGCCGGAGCGGAGCGCGGCUCGGGCAGCACCGGCAGCAGGGCAGGAUGCGGGGCGGGCGGCCCGCGGCGCUGCCGCUGCUGGCGCUGGCGCUGCUGACGGCGCAGGGCGGAGCGGCGCCCCUGCAGCCCGGCGGGACCCCCGCGCUCACCAAGAUCUACCCCCGCGGCAGCCACUGGGCUGUGGGACACUUAAUGGGGAAAAAAAGCACUGGAGAUUUUCCUUAUGGUUUUGAAGAAGAAAACAAGACACCAUUUUCAUCAUUACCUGACAAUAUCAAGCAGCUGGAAGAGUAUCUGCAGUGGGAAGAAAUCUCAAAAUAUUUGCUAAGGCUGCUGGAAAGGAAUGAAAAUAAAAGUGGUCACUUUUCAAAAGGAGGGCUCCCCUGGUAUACCAGGAACACCUGGGAGACAGAUGACAAUAGCAGUUGGAAGCAUAUGAUGGACUAUCUGCUUCAAGUUGUGAAUAUGAAAGAGAGCACUCCAAGCUGAAAGAAGAUCACUAAAUCAUAAGGAAAUUGAAUACUUUCUGUAAGAGACUAUAUUUCACAAGCACUUGAUUGUAUCAGAUAAUCAACACGGUCACUUUUCUGUACACAAGAAUUCCUUUGUGUAAAGUAUUUAAAUACACACUUGUAUGGUUCAGCAAGGACUAAAUCCUCUACUUCAUUUUCAAGGUUGCAUUUUCUCAUUUGAAUGGCUUUGAGAUAUAUAUAUAUAUAUAAUUGUCACGGAAGGGUCUUCCAAUUAAUUAUAUUACAUACCUAUCGAAUCAUUUCUUCUCUUAGUUUGAAACUACAUGACAUUGCAACAUUCGCAAUAAAUUGUACCAAG